UUCUUCUCCAAAGCAUUCAAGCUCUUCUCUAAAGAAACAUGUUUUUGAAAAAUAAGCUCCUUAAAACCCCAGCAAUCUGUUUUUCCUGAAAUCCCUCUUGGGAAACUAUUUAAAUCCAAUUAUUCUUGUUAGUUUUGUCCCUCAUCAAACUUUACUUGGGUUUUCUCUCCCUCUGUUCGGUCUAAAAUUCUCUCAAAUUCACUACCACCAACUUUUUGAAAAGAAAAGAGAAGAAAGAAGGCAUGGACAGACGCCGCAGAAAACAAGCCAAGACUAGCACUUCUUGCUCUGAAGAGGUGAGCAGUAUUGAGUGGGAGUUCAUAAACAUGACUGAACAAGAAGAAGAUCUCAUUUGCAGAAUGUAUAAGCUCGUCGGAGACAGGUGGGCUCUUAUAGCUGGGAGGCUUCCAGGCCGGAAAGCGGAAGAAAUAGAGAGGUUCUGGUUAAUGAGACAUGGAGAAGUAUUUGCAAGUAGAAGAAGAACAGAGCUUAAGACGACCAAUAACAGAUACAACAACUCCUGAUGAUUUUCCCUUUUCUCUAGCUAGGAAGUAAUUAGGUUUGGCUAAAGAACAUUUAAUGCUGUAGCUUACCUAUCUGGCUAAUUUAUUGAAAUGAGAUUACUUACCCUCUCUCUCUCUCUCUCUCUUGCAUACACAAAGACAGCAUUGAAGAAUGAUUCGAUGAAAGAUCUUUGACAUUUUACCA